UGUCCUCAGAAACGAGACGUGUCAUCGGAAGACAAAGACAAGUUUCCGUACGACAUCGUGAAGAUGGCGUUGCCACCGGAGGCUCAGCUGGCUGCUGAGUCUGAGGUCCUCGGGGAGCACGACGAUACGCCCACCACCGAUGACCUCGUUGAAGCAUCAGCCAAUCAGGAGUUGGAUAAGUCUCCCAGUGCAGCUCUUCGUGUCCAGGAAGCAAUCCUGAAAGAGCUGACUAAUGAGGAUGUACACAAGGUUACAUGUUAUGACCAGGAUGUGGUGACAGACAUGGAGGCAGAGCCUAAAGAGCUAGGGGCGGAGCAUCACGCCACCCAGACGCUGACGUUUGCUGACAGUAUGGGCGAGGUGAAAGACGAGCAGCCGCCUGGUUGGUCGACAGCAACGACCGACAUGAAGUUUGAAUAUUUGUUGUAUGGACACAGAGAACAACUCGCCUGUCAGGUGUGUGGGAAGAGCUUCCUGGACGAGAGCCGCCUCAG